AUGAAAACAACAAGUGAACUAGGGCUAGAUACAGAUAAACAGAAUAUUAGUAAGAAGUUAUGUACUAACACAAUAGAUACAAUUUUUAAAUGUUAUUGGACUACCCCAGAGGAUUUGGGCUAUCAAUUUCGUGUACACAGGUCUUUAAAGAAUUCAAAGGACUUAUCUCAAAUCGAAGUCGAUAAUACAUCAGAAGCAUCAAUAUUUAAUGAAAAAUCAAAAUCUAGAGAAUCAGAAACAAAUGACAUGCCUCUAGGUUACUCUCUUUACGGUAUAAAAGAUGAAUUGAGCCAGUAUCUACCACGUUCACUACUAUUAACUAGAACAAAACCUAUCAAAUGGCCCUUAAAUAUUGAAGAACUAGUCAUUGAAACUGAUGCUAGUUCUCUAAAUUUUAAAGAUGUAUCUUCAAGAAAAUUAGAAACAUCUCAAACAGCCAGAGACUCAGGAUUAAAUGAAGAUGUAGACCUUUCUCAACUUCAGUCUAUGUGGCAUAAUUGUACCUCGCAAAAUUCAAACUACUCAGGUGAAUUGAAAAAAAAGGCUUCUAUCUUAGUAGAUACUAAUGAUUCAAGCCCCAUAUACUUCAAUUUUCCUCACCCCAUACAAUUACAAAACUCAUCUUUGCCAUAUGAUGUUCUGGAUCCACGCUCAGUACCAGUUGGAACUUUUGUAUGGUGGGAUAGAAAAAUAUGGGAAUUCAAUAUGGUACAUAUUGCCAAGAGAUUAUCUAUAAAAAAAUUAAAAACUGGAAAAGAAAAUAAAAUUAGUAGUAGAAAUAAAAUAAAUGAGACUGAACCAGAAACAAAAAGUCAAGGAAUUGCUUCCAAAAAGUCACAAAAAAAGAAAAGGAAAGUUUUACUUUAA